CUCGUACUACUUUCCUUCACUCUGGUCACUGGUCACCACAGUGCCACCGCCCAGUGUUUGUGACAGUGUGUUUUUUCUGAUUUUGUUCGGUUCUCAGUUAAACUUUCUCUCUUGAAAACACUGUACGAGGCUAAGUAAUUAUCAUCACAUGUCAAGAUCUCGACUCUUUGUGGCUGUGGGCUCGUUAUGAGGGGAGCUGUGAGAUCUGGAACGAAAGACUGAAUGCUCGUUGUAGUUCAGUGACUGUUGGUCUGGAUAUUUAUCGUGCUGGUGGUAGUUUACCAAGCACUGUUUGACAAUGACGAUGGCUGCCACAAAUCAGGACUUGCGAUCGUUCCAGCACUGUAGGAAGGAUAUAGAUCUGGUGUGUUUCCGUCUGCCGACCCAGUGUCCCCUGUGUGGUCAGUCUACCGCCACUACAGAGAGCAGAAUCCCCCCAUACGUGUUGCCAUCACCUUUCGUUAGCUCCCAUACGACCCCGAGAACCAUCGUCUUGAAACCCACGGAGGGAGACUUCAUCAGAAACUACGAGAGAACUUGCGACCUUCACAUUGGCGUCACUGACAGCAAAGGACUUGUGUACGACUUUGACGAGCGGGGUUUGAACCAGGGCUCUGUAUGGCCUCACUGUCUCGUGGUUUGGACCCAUGACCAGCCCGCUGAGUGGGACCAAGCCCUCAGCUAUAUCUGUGGACAGCCCGCAUGGAGUGCGAGGAGAUACGACGAACACGGACAAAACUGCUUCACCUUCGUCCUCCACUUCCUGAGCCUCCUGCCAACCUCCCAGCGUGCCGGCGUGGGUCACAUGACCAAAGAAGAAUUCUGCGACAGUUUCUUGGUGAGCCGGACCAAGAAGGCGGAGCAAUACAUACAUCUGUACCGUCAGGCUUUGGAGGCCGGCUGCGUCGUGGUGCCCAAAUCUAUGCACAGAUGAUGGGACACACAGACAAUACGGACACACAGAUAGACGAACAAUACGUGCAUAAUCUGCACCGACAGGCAUUGGUGGAUGCUGGCUGCGACGUGGUACUCAAGUCUACAAGCAGAUGACUGGACACUCAGACAAUACUAACAUGAUACAAACAAACAAUAACAUCUGAACGGACAAACAGUGGAGGCCGGCUGCGUCAUAGUGCCCAAGUCUGCGCACAGAUGAUUGGACACACAGACAAUACGGACACACAGACAAACAAACAAUACACACAUGAUCUGUACUGACAGGCAUUGGAGGCUGGCUGCAUAGUGGUACUAUAGUCUACAAACAUAUGACUGGACGCUCAGACACUACUACCAUACAAACAAACAAUAACAUCUGUACGGACAAACAGUGGAGGCCAGCUGCAUAGUGGUGCCCAAGUCUACAAACAGAUGACUGGAAACUCAGACGGAUAAGAUACAUAGACCGAUCUGAGACAGA